CCGUUAUUGUGUUUUACUAGAGUGGAAGCUCACAGAGAGGCUGGAUUCUCGUUCAUCUGUGUUUGAGAGUGGGAGAAGUGGUGUUUGACAGCUCUAGACACACCCACUAUAGUCCAACACUGGUCUGAUGUCAGGAGUAUCCAGUGUCACUCGCAGAUCCUGGAACAUCUUUCUCUUUUAGGCUGGAUUUACCAGUACAUGGUGAAUUUCAUUCGUUAGCUUCAAUCCUGCUCUGCCAAAUCUCACAGCAUGUCGGGUGCCUACGAUGAGUCCGCCAUGUCCGACGAGACCACAGAGAGUUUCUGGGAGGUGGGGAACUACAAGCGUACAGUAAAGCGAAUCGAGGAUGGCCAUCGGCUCUGCAAUGACAUGAUGAGUUGCAUACAGGAGCGUGCCAAGAUCGAGAAGGCCUAUGCCCAGCAGCUCACCGACUGGUCUAAGAGGUGGAGGCAGCUCGUGGAGAGAGGGCCGCAGUACGGCACUCUGGAGAGAGCCUGGUUAGCUGUGAUGACAGAAGCAGAAAAGGUGAGCGAGUUGCACCAGGAGGUGAAAAAUAACCUGCUGAACGAGGACUUGGAGAAGGUGAAGAACUGGCAGAAAGAUGCCUACCACAAACAAAUGAUGGGCGGAUUUAAAGAAACCAAAGAGGCGGACGAGGGGUUCCGAAAAGCCCAGAAACCUUGGGCCAAAAAACUCAAAGAGUUGGAAACAGCCAAGAAAACAUACCAUAUGGCCUGCAAGGAAGAAAAAAUUGCAUCUACAAGGGAGGCCAAUAGCAAAGGAGAGGCGUCAGUCACAUCAGAUCAGCAAAAGAAACUCCAAGAGAAGGUGGACAAGUGCAAAAACGACGUUCAGAAGGCCAAAGAGAAAUACGAGAAGACCCUUGAUGAGCUCAGCAAGUGCACGCCGCAGUACAUGGAGAACAUGGAGGUCGUGUUCGAGUCAAGCCAGCAGUUCGAGGAGAAGAGGCUGAACUUCCUCCGCGAGGUGCUUCUGGAUAUCAAACGCCAUCUUAACCUCACUGAGAGCCAAAGCUAUGCCACAGUCUACCGGGAACUGGAGCGUAGCAUCACCUCAGCCAGCGCCCAAGAAGACCUGAAGUGGUUCAACAACCUCCACGGGCCAGGCAUGCACAUGAACUGGCCACAGUUUGAGGAGUUCAACCCAGAACUGAGCCACUCUAUUAAUAAGAAAGAGAAGGUGAAGAGGAACCAUGAUGGAAUCACGUUGACUCAGAUCACCCAUGGUGUAGAUCCGGGCACACCGCAGACUGGAGACCGGGGCAGCGUGAGCAGUUACGAGAGGAACCAGCAGUGUUCUGCCGAGUGGUCUGAUGAUGAGCAGCCGCCUGCCGCCCAACCAGCCAGUGAAACAAACGGAAAUCCAUUCGAUGAGGAGAGGAAAGGAGUGCGAGUGAGAGCGCUAUAUGACUAUGACGGCCAAGAACAAGAUGAGCUCACAUUUAAAGCUGGAGACGAGCUGAUCAAACUAGAGGAUGAGGACGAGCAGGGUUGGUGCAAAGGCCGGCUGGACGGCGGUCAGCUAGGCUUGUACCCGGCUAACUACGUUGAGCCCAUUUAGUUGCCUUGUGUGGUGAAGAAGGCCUUAAAGACUUUACCCCACACUGCUCGAAUGCGAGAUUCCGGAAAAACCAUUUCCUUGCCUGAUUGACUUGCUGAAAAGCUUUACGCAGCAUUUUCUUAACUCCGUAGCGAAAAAAACCUACAGCAUUCAAAACACAUAUCAAAUCCUAGCGAGAGCAGAGAAUGAUUCUGUGCGUCUAUGUAGCCAUGUUCAGUAUGAGUUAUUGUGUUGCUGACAUGUGUUCACGUAUGGUCUCCUGUAACAAUAUUAACAUACUGACAUCCAUGAAGCCUAGCAUAGCAAGAAUCAGCUAUGCAAUGUGUAUACUAGACUUUUAUUUUGAAGUGGAAUGUUCUGUUGAACCUAGUGAACAUGAAUUUCGCUUACAUAAUCUGACAUAUUUAUGUGUUAAACAAGAUAUUCAAUGAGAACAAAUUUAGGGCGGGACUUUAUUUUAUGCUAAUUUGAUGUGAAAAGUGGGCGUUACAUAGCAGAAUGGGGCCAUGUGGUUGGAGGGGAGGGGUUUAAAAUUUAACGGAUGGUGACAUCAUUCAUCAAGGAGAGUUGAUGUAGAGGUGGAGCAUUUUAAAACUUAUUUUUCUGGAUAAAUUGUGCACUAGAAAUUUGUUUUAACAAAGUAAAUACAGUCAGUUUUGAAUAUACGUUGGCUUUAAUGUGAAAUGCAUCAGGAUUUUUGUCCAUUUUUUUCAUCUAAGUGCAAAUUAUGCCUCAAAACACAUUUCCAUGUUUUUCUUCUCUUUUUUUAUAUUUUAGUUUCCCCAUUUUAAAAAACAUGUAAAGAGCUUGUGAACAAAUUGUAAGCUUUCACUUUAAAGACUGGAGAAUUAUGGAGAAGUGAAACUUUUUUAAAUAUCCUGAUUCUAAAGGAUGGCUGAUGGAAUUUUUGUCUUUAUGUGGAAUAAAUCCAGAAUGAAUCAGAACUGAAAUUCUAAAAGAAAAAGAAGUUUAGUUUAUCUAGUGCAUUUUUUUAAUCGUUUUUAUUUUUUUUGGAUUAAAUUGUGAUUUUAAAAUUUAAUUUAUUUAUUUUUAUUUUCUUCAGAAUUUUUGACUUAGGAUAUUAGUUAUGAUUUCAUGACCAUUGAACUGUGUGGUUCACAUUGAUCUCUGGGCACAUGCUAUUGAAAAGUAUGUUCAAAUGCUUUUAAGUAGGCCUAUUUCUUCUGCCUUUUUGUCUCUUUAUGUAAAUGGGAAUAUCUUUUAACAAUAACUUAUUCAGUAAGCAAACUCCUUACUGUAGCGCAACAAUAAUAAUAAUUUCAUUUGUCAUGUUUUCAACACUGUAGCUUUGUUUUUAGUGUGGGUGCUCAGCCGGUAUGGAUUGCGUCUUUAAGAGCAGGAUGGAGAAGGUGACGUGUGUGUGUGUGUGUGUGUGUGUGUGUAUAUACUGUAUGUUUAGACAGGACUGAUGUGCUCUACUCUUCAUGUCAGUGUAGUAACUGUUCCAUUCAAGUUCACAAUAAAAAUCUGAGACAAAUGCUAA